AACUGCUCGCUGCUUCCCAUCUUGCAAUUCAAGUCAUCGCUCACGAUCAACACGAACUCGGCCAUGCUCUCGCCCGUCUUUGGCAUUUCUCUGUCGCUCAUCUAACUCUCUCCGUUGAAAGGCUAUAUACAUAUGAAUCCUCACGCCUUCACACGAGGCUACGUACCGAACCAGAAUCGCGACCGCGUCGCUCACCAGGGGUUCCGUCGCUCCAGUCUUUCAUACGGCAACGGUGGCACCAAGGAUCGCGACGUCUACGAGGGCUCGACUUUAGCACGUCCCCCUCUACCGUUGGGGAUGACGGUUAAGCGCGGUUCACGAGCGUGCGUGGCAUGUAGGAAGGGCAAGAACCGCUGCGAACCCGACCCCGGUGAUGCCAGCUCAUGUCGUCGCUGUCUUCUCAGCGGCAUUCCCUGUGUUUUCGAGAAGGCGGAGCGGCGCGAGGCGCGCUCCCGCGACACCGAGUCAUGGCCUGGCGAGGCGGAAGCGCGGGUCAACACGCUCGAGAAGAGCGUCGAGGCCCUCGCAAAUGGGCAGCACCAAAUUCAGAGCAUGCUCCAGCAGAUCCUCGCGAUGCUCCCUGCAUCCACUCCAGGGGCGUCGGGCGAAGGCAGCUCACUCCCGCCAAUUCUGUUACAUCAGUCGUCGGCGACACCGCCAUCUGUGCGCUCGGGGACGUCUCCGGUGCAACAAUCGCAUGCUGGGCAGGCAUACGGCGCAAGAGACCAUCCACGGUCGCCGCAGAACAUUGCGAGCGGCCGUCUGUCGGGGCAAGAGUCGGCACAGUCCGGUAAAGCAUGGCCUAAGCUGCCCGGCUAUGCGCCACCCGACCAUCGCUUUGGAACGUACGGGAUCAUCCCCCUCGAGUCAGCGGCGCCUUCGACAAACCACUCGAGACGUUCGUCGCGGUCACCCUCCGCCCAUUCUGUUUCGUCUGACACUGGCGUGCCCGUCGCUCCAAUUCAGGCUCUGCAAACUUUGGCAAAUGCAGCCGACCGUGCCGCAGCUGUUGCUGAAGGUAGGGUGCAUCAUGAAGAAGUGCAAAUGGACGACUCCGAGCGCGAAUCUGAGGGUCGCGAGCGACAAGGUCGCAAGCGCAGGCGAGUGACCGAAGGGAGCGGCAAGGAAAUUCACCUGCGUGUACGCCGCCAGACCAAACCGGACCCCACGCCGCGCAACCCUUUCCCAGACGUCGUGACCAAAGGUCUCGUGUCUGAAGCCGAGGCCCGCGACCUCUGGGACAUCUUUUUCACAGGGUGUCACUACUUCGUGCCACUGUGGGACAAACAGUACGACGUGUAUGAGAGCUUCGUGGAACGCACGCCGUUUUCGACAAAUGGCAUCCUCGCCGUGGCCGCGAAGAUCAGAGCUGGGAACGGGGUGCUGGGGCCCACAUUCCAUCGGUGUCUCGAGGAGGGCCAAGGGAUUGCCCGCUCGACGCUAUUCGGCCCGAUUGUCCGCAAAGAGGCCGUCAUGGCCAUGCUGAUUCUCAGCGUGUGGAGCCAAUACGGGUGGCUGCCUGUAGGUCAUGCGCUGCGUAUGGGUCUCGACAUCAACCUUCACAGAGCACUCGAUAAACUCGCCGACACAUCUGAGCAACGGACAGAAGCCGAGGAGCGCGAUCUUGUGGUAUCGGCACGCAUCUGGCUCAAUUGCUACCUGCACGAACAUCUGCUGGCCCUUGGAACAGGCAAACCGCUUCUACUGCGAGAUGAGUCAUCGGUGCGAGCUGCACGUGUGCUCCUGGACCAUCCCAUGACCUCUGAGACCGAUGCCAGUCUGGUUGCGCGAGUAGAGAUGGUUAACAUUCGAAUCUACGUCUCAGAACAACUCAAUCAGCUUCACGGUAAAGCCGACGCUUCUACGAUAGCAUUCGUGCGCAGGACGUUCGAUGAGAUGGAGGAUUGGUUCUUCGAGUGGCGGGGCAUUCAUCGCUCCCGACACGACGAGGAUAGCGUCCUAAUGCGACUCCUGGAGGUGGAAUUGCAUUACGGCCAACUGUGGACGGUAUGCGUGGCAUUCCGUGGGUGCCAGUGGGACAAGCUCAACAACGACCAGCGCGAUCUUGCAUUUCACGCAAAGGACGCGGCGAUGAGUUGUCUACAGAUCUAUCUGCACUCGCACACAUUCCGUCGGCACCUCAAGUACGCAACGCACGACCAGCUCGCAACGGUGGCAUUUGCCGCUGUCUUCCUACUCAAGAUUGCGAUGUUGUACCCCCUCGGCGUCAGCCUCCCAACGUUGAGCUCCUGCGUUUCCGAUGUUGUGCACGUACUCUCAUCCGAGUGCUACGCUGAGCGGUACGCUCUCACUCUCAAGCUCAUGCUCUCCAGCUUCCGGCGCAAGACUGGCACGAUGUCUACAGUCCCUGGGUCCCCGCGGUCUCGGGAUGUCGAUAACUCCGAGCAACCCAACGGCGAUCGCCUGCAGGGCGGGCUGCAGAGCCUCCUGACAAUGCCACUGGGCGAGGCCGACUACUCCCUUCUCUGUGAUGAUCUCGACAACUUCUCAUGGCCGACGGAAUUUAGCCCGUCCGACCUCCCAACCUGGCUCCAGGAUGGCAGUUUCGCUGAUCUCGGUCUACCAGUCGACGGAUCCGACGCGCUUUUUCUGCCGCUCGAGCUGGCCAACAUGUUCCUCCCUUCUGGUACAGCGCCGAGCGACAACCCCUAUCUUUUUGGCUUGCCCGGUUCUGGCGAUGUCGGUGCGGAAGCGUGGUAGAGGAGUCUCAGGGGAGAUGUUAUUUUCCCACGGUGGUGUAUUGAUAGUGAACCUCCACCUCGGACGGUUGCAUGAAACAUGCAUUGCAUCAACAACAUGAAA